GAAAGAAACAUGAAGUGGCUUGGGAUCCUCAGGCUGCUGGCCCUCUCAGAGUGUCUAGUCAUAAUCCCUCUGAGGAAGAUCAACACCUCGCAAGAACACCUCAGGGAGAAAAACCUACUGACAAAUAUCCUGGAGGGGAAAAUGGAUGACAGGUCCCUGAAUGAAACUGAUGACCCGAACAUUUCUCUGCACCCCCUCAGGAAUCACCGGAAUCUGUUCUACUUUGGAAACAUCACCAUAGGAACGCCCCCUCAGGAGUUCAGGGUCGUAUUUGACACAGGCUCAGCUGACUUGUGGGUGUUCUCCAUCUACUGCUCAAGCCCUGCCUGCCGUGCAAAGAAUCUCUUCAACCCUCACUUGUCCAGAACCUUCCAGGGCACACAGGAUUACUUCUACAUCAGAUAUGGCACUGGGAUAAUUAUUGGAUCUCUUGGCUAUGACACUGUCCGGAUCGGAAACCUUGCUGCCCUGGGCCAGGCAUUUGGAUUGAACAAGUGGCAGACUGGGUAUGAAAAUAAACCUUAUGAUGGCAUCCUGGGCCUGGCUUACCCCAGCCUCGCCAUUAAAAGGACCACCCCCAUCUUUGACAACUUGAAGACACAAGCUGUUAUUUCUCAGCCUGUCUUUGCCUUCUACUUGAGCGACCAGAAGGAAAAUGGCAGUGUGGUGAUGUUUGGUGGGGUGGACCACAGCUACCACAAAGGAGAGCUCAGGUGGAUGCCAGUGUCUAAUGCCCACCACUGGCAGAUGACCGUGAACCGCAUCACCAUGGGCAGAAUGGAUAUUGGUUGUUUCAAUGGCUGUGAGGUCAUGCUGGAUACCGGGACGGGAUUGCUGGUUGGCCCAACUAGAUCGAUCACCAUCAUCCGGAAGCUCAUCAAUGGCACACGGUUUGGUCAAGAGUACGUGGUUCCAUGUAGCUUCAUCACUCAACUGCCUACCUUCACCGUCAACAUCAAUGGCACUGAUUACCCAGUGCCUGCUCAAGCCUACAUCUGGAAGAGUCCUGAGGGCCAAUGUUUCAGCACCUUUCGAGAGCACCCAGUGACCUCAAACAAGUCAGAGAUCUGGAUCCUUGGUGAUGUCUUCCUGAGGCUGUAUUUCUCGGUUUACGAUCGGGGAAACAACAGGAUUGGCCUGGCUCCUGCAGUGUAA